GGUGAACGUCACGUACGACGCUUGUAAGUCGCAUACGUCAUUCCUCUAAAACAUCCUCAACCGUACUGCAUACAGCGGGAGACCUGGAAUCGCCUGCCGGCGGAGUGUUCAAUAUGGGCGACAUCGCCUGGACACUAGCCUCAACUGCCCUCGUAUGGAUCAUGAUACCUGGGGUUGGCUUCUUCUAUUCUGGUUUGCUGCGGAGGAAGAAUGCUCUCAAUAUGAUCUAUCUUAGUAUGAUGACCGUCGCCAUGGUCUCCUUCCAGUGGUUCUUCUGGGGCUAUUCUCUAGCUUUCAGCGAUACCGCCAGCCCCUACAUUGGCGACCUCAAAUACUUUGCCUUGCGAAAUGUCCUCAAUCAGCCCUCUAUCGGCAGUGUUAAAGUACCUGCCAUCGUAUUUUGCGUCUUCCAGCUUAUGUUCGCUGCUAUCACCCCCAUGAUCGCCAUCGGUGCCGUUGCAGAACGCAGUCGCUUGGGUCCUCUCCUUGCAUUCGUUUUCGCUUGGUCUACACUCGUCUAUGACCCUAUUGCUUGUUGGACAUGGAACACCAAAGGAUGGUCGUAUGUCCUUGGUGGCCUUGACUUCGCUGGCGGUACCCCAGUGCACAUCUCCUCUGGCACUGCUGCACUUGCGAUCUCACUCUACCUUGGAAAACGUCGGGGAUAUGGCACGGAGCGCCUCGCCUACAAGCCUCAUAACACAACUUACGUUAUUUUGGGCACAGUAUUCCUCUGGUUCGGCUGGUUCGGUUUCAACGGUGGCUCUGCUCUCUCCGCAAACUUGCGUGCAACCCAGGCGUGCAUUGUUACCAAUCUUGCAGCCAGCGUUGGCGGUUUGACUUGGAUGUUCUGGGAUUAUCGCCUUGAGCGCAAGUGGUCUGUUGUUGGCUUCUGCUCUGGAGCCAUCUCAGGUCUCGUCGCUAUCACUCCUGGUUCCGGGUUCGUGGGUUCUCCGGCCGCUGUUUUGUUCGGCUUCAUGGCUGGCACUGUCUGCAACUUUGCUACCCAGCUCAAGUUUAUCUUCAAGUACGACGACACACUUGAUAUCUUCGCGUCGCAUGCCAUUGGCGGUAUCGUCGGCAACGUCCUUACUGGCCUAUUCGCUCAAGCAAGUGUUGCUGGUGCUGAUGGCAUCACUACAAUCCCCGGAGGCUGGCUCGACCAAAACUACCGCCAACUCGGCAUCCAACUCGCAGAUUCCGUCUCUGGGCUUGCUUACUCAUUCGUCAUGACUACCAUCAUAUUAUGGAUCAUGCACUACAUCCCCGGCCUCCGACUCCGCUGUGAUGAGGAAACUGAGAUCCUCGGUGUCGAUGAUGCGGAGAUGGGCGAAUUCGCGUACGACUAUGUUGGUAUCGAAAGCGAGCUCAUGCCCCGCAGCGAGUACAGCGCAGGUGCGCCUGGCGGCAACCACGAGCCGCGUCACACCCCCGCCACAACCUCGCAGGUAAGCGAGCCGGAGAAGGAUCCGAAACAGCUUUCUAACGAGGCAUGAGGGGAAGAUGCGAGUCGUAUGGUGAGCCUAUGCAUAGGCUGCAUCAUUUUGAACUAGUGUUGGGGAUAAUAUGGCUGCAGGAAAGUCUGCCACUCGUUUCGUUUACUUAGUUUGGUUUCUUCAUGCAUUUUAGUGUAUUCACUCUAUUUCGCGGGUUUACUUUUUAACGGUAAUAUGCGCGUUAUUCAGAUAUCCUGGACAUUUUUAAGAUGUCACUUCUUGAUGAUUUGACGUGAGCGUGCAUAUUUUUUUGUACGGUGGAUAGUCUUCGAACCAAUUGAACGGAAGAUAUUUAGUUCCUCCUUUAAUGAUGGUGUAUUGCUAUUAUAUACACAACGGACUAUAACAAUCAAACCCGACGGUCGGGCACUUUGAGCCCAGCGACAGCGUUUUUUGCCUGAACUACGGCUUGCGUACUAUACUUGUAUGUCUGGGGU